AUGUCAACAUUUGGUACAUUAUUCAAAGUUACAACGUACGGUGAAUCACAUUGCAAAUCGGUCGGAUGUAUAGUUGAUGGCUGUCCACCAGGUUUAGAAUUAACAGAAGCAGAUAUUCAACCCCAAUUAACAAGAAGAAGACCAGGUCAAUCAAAAUUAUCCACUCCUAGAAAUGAAUCAGAUUUAGUAGAAAUUCAAAGUGGUACUGAGAAUGGUGUAACAUUAGGAUCACCAAUAGGUAUGUUAGUUAAAAACAAGGAUCAUAGACCUGGAGAUUAUAGCGAAACAGAUUUAUAUCCUAGACCGAGUCAUGCAGACUGGACUUAUAUACAAAAAUAUGGCUCAAAAUCAAGUUCUGGAGGUGGUAGAUCAUCAGCUAGGGAAACAAUAGGGAGAGUUGCAGCCGGUGCAAUUGCCGAAAAAGUUUUAUUCAAAGUAAACAAAAUUGAGAUUGUUGCAUUUGUUUCAUCAAUUGGUAAAAUCAAAAUGAAUACUGAUCCUGAUAAUAAAGAAUUCAUUGAAUUGUUGAAUAAUAUUAGCAGAGAUGAUGUUGAUUCAUAUGGGCCAAUAAGAUGUCCUGAUGAAAUUAAACGUGAAGAAAUGGUUAAAUUGAUCGAACAUUAUAGAGAUUCAAAAGAUUCUAUUGGUGGUGUUGUAACAUGUGUUAUUCGAAAUUGUCCUCCAGGAUUAGGUGAACCAUGUUUUGAUAAACUAGAAGCUAAAUUAGCUCACGCGAUGUUGUCAUUGCCAGCAACUAAAGGAUUCGAAUUCGGAUCUGGUUUUAAAGGUACCGAAUUACCUGGCUCGAAACAUAAUGAUGCCUUUAUAUUUGAUGAAAAUUUAAACAGGUUGAAAACUAAAUCUAAUAAUAGUGGAGGUAUUCAAGGUGGUAUAUCAAACGGUGAGAAUAUUUAUUUUUCUGUAGCUUUUAAAUCAGCAGCAACAAUAAGCCAGGAACAAGAAACUUAUACCUAUGAUGGUAAACCAGGUGUUUUGGCAGCAAGAGGUAGACAUGAUCCUAGUGUUACUCCGAGAGCUGUACCAAUUGUAGAAUCAAUGGCUGCUUUGGUUAUAAUGGAUGCUUAUCUACAACAACAAGCUAGAAAUUCAACUAGAUUAUUAAUAAAUAAUUAA